AUGUCGGACGGCGAGGACGGCGGGGACAGCGUCGAGGAGGACGAGGAGGCCGAUGAGCGGGAGUCUGGCAAGUUCCAGGAACGCAGUCGCUGCCAUCGAACGACGUCGCCCACCAGCUUUCCCCCCGCUGCCCACGCUAGCUCGCUCGCCCGUCCGUCCGUGUUCUCGACGCCGUCCACAACCGCAACCAUGAAGUUCCUCGCUGGCCUUGCUCUUGCCUCUGCUGUCGCCGGCGUCGUCGGCCAGAAUUUCAUGAUCAACACUCCGUCCAACGUUGUUGUUUGCGAGCCCAUCCUCUUCACCUGGACCGGUGGAACCCCGCCGUACUAUCUGAGCAUUCUCCCCGGUGGUCAGCCCAGUGCUCCCGCUCUUGUUAACCUUGGCGAACAGCAGGGUACCUCCUACACCUGGACUGUGACCCAGCCUGCCGGCACUUCCCUUGGCCUCACACUCCGUGACUCCUCGGGUCAGACCGUCCAGUCUGCUCCCUUCACUGUCCUCAGCGGAACUGAUACGAGCUGUCUGAACGGAAGCUCAGGUGCGUCUAGCGCGACUUCCUCUGGCAGCUCUAGUUCGAGUGCCACAUCUUCGUCUGGUACAGCCACCAGCGGCUCGUCAACGAGUGCUGCGUCUGGGUCCACGACUGCGACUGGCACUACCACCGGCUCAGCUGCUACCCACUCUACUACGUCGCCCAGUGGAUCCCGUUCGACGGGCUCUUCCACCAGCUCCGCACCCGCCACCACCACCAGCAACAGCAGUGCGUCCGCGGCCCGUGUUGCUCAGAUCGGCGUUGCUGGUCUGGCCGGUGCCCUUGUUGCCGCCAUUGUCGCUUAA